AGCAGUUGGUUCGCUCCGCCGUGUCUGGUGCUCAGCCAGAGCUGCGAGAGGCUGUUAUUUAGGUCCGUUACAGCAGACAGAGAGCAGCUCACCCAAGGGCAAGAGGGGGGGGGGGAGAAGAGAGCGAGAGAGAGAGAGAGAGAGAGUCAGUCAGAGUCACGCUCAGCCAGGCAGGAACCAGAGCUGCAUUCCAGCUGAGAGGGAAAGAGGGGGGAAAAGCUCCAGCAUCGGCAGGAAGAGAAGGAGAGUGACAGCGAGAGCGCAGCGCAGGCGGCGGAUCCGUGGAGCGCGUCGCUGCCGUUUGUUGUCGUCACCGCCUCGGCGUGACGUGCGCGGUGGAAGCGGGGCAGGACGCGGGCCGGGACUCCCGGGGGGCUCGGAGGGAUUCUUGCUGAGGGCGGAGGGGACGUGGGGCGGGGGUUGGGGUGGGGUUAGGGUUCCCGGUGCCAUGUUCGACUGCAUGGAGGCUCUGGGAAUGGGCCCCCGUCAGCUCUAUGAUGUCACCGGCCGGGGCGCGUGCAUGCUGCGCAAGGCGAGCCCCUUCUUUGCGGGGCUCGACCCCUUCGCCUGGACGGGCAGUGCCAGCGUUCAGUCGGUGGAGACCCAGAGCACCAGCUCAGAGGAGAUGGUACCCAGUUCUCCGUCUCCACCUCCCCCACCUCGUGUCUACAAGCCCUGCUUUGUGUGCCAGGACAAGUCUUCGGGGUACCACUACGGGGUCAGCUCCUGUGAGGGCUGCAAGGGUUUCUUCCGACGGAGUAUCCAGAAGAACAUGGUGUACACCUGCCACAGAGACAAGAACUGUCAGAUCAACAAGGUCACACGCAACCGCUGCCAGUACUGCCGGCUGCAGAAGUGCUUUGAGGUCGGCAUGUCCAAGGAAGCGGUGCGCAACGACAGAAACAAGAAGAAGAAGGAUGUGAAGGAGGAGUUAGUGCUUCCAGAGAGCUAUGAGCUAAGUGGAGAACUCGAGGAGUUGGUCAAUAAAGUCAGCAAAGCUCACAAAGAAACCUUCCCGUCACUUGGCCAAUUGGGCAAAUACACCACCAACUCCAGCUCAGACACCCGGGUCCAGCUGGAUCUGGGUUUGUGGGACAAGUUCAGUGAGCUGUCCACCAAAUGCAUCAUCAAGAUUGUGGAAUUUGCCAAACGGCUGCCCGGUUUCACCACCCUCACCAUCGCUGACCAGAUCACCCUGCUGAAGUCGGCCUGUCUGGACAUACUGAUGCUGAGGAUCUGCACACGCUACACUCCAGAGCAGGACACGAUGACCUUCUCAGACGGCCUGACUCUGAACCGGACCCAGAUGCACAACGCCGGUUUUGGACCUCUCACAGACCUGGUGUUCGCCUUUGCCGGCCAGCUUCUACCCCUGGAGAUGGACGACACAGAGACUGGACUCCUGAGCGCCAUCUGCCUCAUCUGUGGAGACCGCAUGGAUCUCGAGGAGCCCCAGAAAGUGGACAAGCUGCAAGAGCCUCUGCUUGAGGCUCUGAAGAUCUACGCCCGUCGCCGUCGCCCCAACAAACCUCACAUGUUUCCCCGCAUGCUGAUGAAGAUCACUGACCUGCGGGGCAUCAGCACCAAGGGCGCAGAGAGAGCCAUCACUCUGAAGAUGGAGAUCCCGGGGCCAAUGCCUCCUUUGAUCAGGGAGAUGCUGGAGAACCCAGAGGCCUUUGAGGACCAGACAGAGGGCAACGAGAGCCCGCCCCCUCCGCCACCCCCGCCGCCCCCGCCUGCGCCGCCGGCGCAGGUCAAGCAGGAGGCGGAGGACGAGGAAGACAGCUGGGCCACCGAGAACGGCAGCGAGCCAUCGCCGGAAGAGGACGAAGACGAGGACGAGGACGCGGGGGACGAGGAUCGGGACAGGGGCUCGGACAGUGACGGGGAGCCCUGGGGCGUGCUGGACGGCGCCGACGGGUCGAGGAAGGGCCUCGUUGGGAGGGCGCAGUGAACAGAGCAUUUCAGACAUAUACGCACACUCAUGCACACACAGGCUCAGACACACACAAAUACACGCACGUACACACGCGCACUCAAAGCUACUUUGAGACAAACAACACAACCUCACUCGGUCUCCUCCACCUCAACAACACGCCGGCCUUCCCUCGUACUGCACACCCCUGUGUCGUCCACGGCGGAGCACAGCAGAGCCUUAUGUGUACAGACACGUCUAACUCAGUGAACUCCAGAAAAAAAAGAAAGUAAAGGAGAGGUGACGGCGAAUCCUCUGAACUCCCCCGGCCCGGCCGAGAGGCUGACAGAACCUCUCUGCGAAAGCACCGAGUCUCUUUUCCUUGGCGUUUGUAUGAGAGCGGGGGGGGAAACAGCCAAACCAGACACCAGAACUGAGCAGUCGAUUCCCGUGGAUUGCAACAAGCACAUUUCUCAAAAAAACAACAACACGAGUACAGGGCAAAACCAAAUUAAGUAUGCUAAUCGGUUGUUUUUAUGGUUAUUGCUUUUGAAUAUUGUCUUCAAUUUUUCUUCUCUUUCUUUCAAUUUAUAAAUAAGUCCAUACAUAUCUAUAUACCAUUAUAUUUUUGUCUUUAUUUGUUAUUCUGGUUUUAUAUAUGAAUCCUUUUAGAGAACUUUUUUCUUUUGAAGAGCUUUCCUGAGAACAUAUUCGGGGGGGAAAGAAGGGUAAUCUGGCUGGGUCUUCCUUAUCAGCUACAUAUGCUUAGCUGGGGCUUUUUUUGGGGGGGGCACUUUGGCUCACUGUGGAUGUCAAUGAUAAUCAACCCAGAGGACUAUUGUUGUGUUGCAGGGACUCCGUUUCUGUUAUCAGGGAAUUGGCAUUAUUCUCAUUGCAGCAGACAAAUGCUGCCACUGCGGAAAGUAAGCAUCAUUGUGCCAAAGUUAGGAAAAGUCCUCUUGAGAGCGUGAGUGGAACUACUGGCAGGGACUCCAGCUGCCAUCCAGCAAUCCUCGCAGCGGCGCACACACAUUAACACACCAAUGCACACGUCAUGCACACACUCCGUUCUCGAUACCCCCAGCUGUAGCAGACACAUGGCAUCAAGUGCCCGGACAAGGGCCGUAUACUUGACCGAAUAUGUAGCACUUUCCUGAUCCUGUAUUACUUACUCUCUGGGAGCGGAUAUUUCCAUUAGUGUGUCCGAAAUGAUGGCGGCAUGUACGACAUCGAGGAUACAAUCGACCUUACAGCACUCCCUGAUGAUGUCAGUAGAAGCACAGAUUUAAAAAAAACACCCACACAUGGUCAGCACCGACGCACAGACAUACAGACAUCCGCAAGUCGAAAGCAGGACUCUUCAUGGAAGACAUUUUGGAUUCACACUCAGGGCUUUUCAGUAAGGACCAAACUCUCGCUGCAUUUAGGCUCGCUAGAAACAGGCAAUAUUUAUGUGUGUGCUCUUGACUCCGUUUUUUUUUUUUCUUUGAUCAGCUCCACUCUGCGUGUACAUAGAAGGUGACAAGUCUGAGGAAUCAGCACGUGUGCCAGCCCGGCUCUCUCACGUGGGGGGGGGUCAUCGGCACUGACCCCCCCCCGCCUGUGCUCGUGCUGGAAUCCAAGCAUAAAACUGCCUUCUCAUCCUGAAAGCCAUCAUAUCGUCUUGUCUUCUCAUGUACAUCUAUUCCUCUCUUUAAGCAGUGGAGCAUUAAGUGUUCUCAUGUAUAUUUUCUUUAUUGCCAAAUUGUCUUGGAGCGCGGCUGAUUCAAAGUACACAGGGGGGGGUUCUGUCUCUCUUUGAAGCAAUAUGAACAUCUUUUCUGUAAGGUGAGAGGUCCCGUCUUCUGAAUAUGGGCAGCUCUCCUCAGUUUGUGCGUUUUGUGUGUAUGCGUGCAUGUGUGAGAGAGUGUGAGAAUGCUUCCGAAUGUUUUGAGUCAUUGAGUGAAUGGUCACAACCCCUCCAUCUCUCUCUCUCUCUCUCUCUCUCUCUCUCUGCUGGUCUAUCAUGAUGUCGAUGAUGGUAAUCCAGGCGAAACUUUGAGAUUAUGUUUCAUGUUUUUCCAACAUGGCCACGGUGUUGUCAACUCUCUGUUUAUGUCAACUCUUGUCAUACAAAGAAAAGCCAUAUAAACAGUAAGAGUAACAAUAAACUACUUUUGUGAGAUUA